GACUUUGUUGUGGAUUAUCUGAGUUCGUUAGCCGCAGCUAGCACAGCAGCUAGCACACAGCACAGUAUGCAGCUUAGCAUUAGCCUCGUCUGUGUCCACUGACGUGUGUGUCUCCGUGCUUUGUACCGACGUGAGACGCGUGAGCCGCAAUGUUGAACGUGGAGUCGCUGCAAGUUGCUGAGGAGGAGGUGGUGGAGUCCAGCUCCAACAAACUCGGGGACAUUUACACUUUCGUGGCCAAAGGCUACUUUCCUCAGGCGAUGACUCCCAUACGGAGGAAGAACCUCAAAAGAUACGCACAGAAGUUUAUCAUAGACGAGGGCAAGCUCUACUAUGUGGGACCCAAGAAAGAAGAGAAGAGGGAGGUGGUGAUUGAGGCGGAGAGGAAGAGGCAGAUUUUCCUCGACUGCCACUUCAAUGACAUCGGCCAUCACCUUGGCCAAAAGAAGACCGUCCACAGGAUCCAGAGCAAGUUCUACUGGCUGGGAAUCAUAAAGGAUGUGGUGGACUGGAUUAAAGUGUGUGACACCUGUCAGCACACAGAGAGGAAUAAAAACCUGUCACGGACUGUUCGACCGAUCAAAGUGGAUGCACCGUGGGAAAUUGUUGGGAUUGACAUCUUAGGACCUUUCCCUGAGACCCAGCAAGGCAACACUAACAUUAUAGUCCUCAUUGAUUACCUCAGUAAAUGGCCAGAAGCGUUUCCAGUAAAAAAGACGGAUGUGUUCUCUUUUGCAAGAUGCAUCUCUAGCUCUAUAUACAGGUUUGGGGCCCCUAAAACUAUAGUGUGUACGCAGAACGUUGACUUCUGUGAUGAGGUGGCUAAGCUGCUGUGCGACAGAUGGAGCAUCGUGCAGAAGGUUUCUCCUUUGGAUCAACCUCAGCUCAACCCGCUCCAUGACUGCACGAGCGUGUUACUGAAAGAAGCCGUCCUGCAGAUGGUGACAGAGAAGCAGGGCGAGUGGGACGACUUCCUCGACCCUGUGCUGUUUUUGUUCCGCACGUCCACAAACCCCACGACCAAGUUCACCCCCUACUCGCUCAUGUUCAACAGGAAAGCUAAUUUACUUAACGAGACGACACUAAGCUUGGCGAAUUAUGACCAUCUAGAGCAGGAUGUGUAUUCCUCAAAGGAAAAGGCCUCUACGUAUAUGACAAUAAUGCAGGAGCAGCAGAACUCCGUUAAGCAGCUGGUUGUAUCCAAUAUGAACGUAGCCUACAAACAAGAGAAGAAGAAGAAGGCUAAGCGCAGAGCACCCAGCAUGCCCUCAAUGAAUUUUAAGAUCGCAGAUCCUCUGUUUGGUGAAGGAGACUCGCCCUCACCAAAAAAACUGAAAGAGAGUUUAUAUUUGUCUUUCCCUGUGGAGACGGUGCUGGCCACCGAGCAAAGCAGCUCGGAGGACAUUAAGGCCGAGUUGGAGUAUCACCUGACUGAGUCUGAUGUCCACUGAGAUGCAUGGUUUGAAAAGAAUAGAGAGAAGACGCAUUGUCAGAGCACGGAUACAAGUCGUGAGCUGCCUGAAAACUUGGGUAAUCGGGAGGAGUAGGAUGAUUAGUGCGACCACUGCUCAGUCACUUGAGCUGCUUUCAGACAUGCACUGGACUCUUCACUACCUCUGUAUUUUGUCCGGAGGGGGUGCAUGUGUGAACACAAAUGUGAGAGUGAGAGGCUCCGCAGUUUCUGCGGACUUUCUCCACCUUGCAUCGUAGUAUAAAGUCUGUAGGAAGUCAGGAGAAUCCGAUUUGAGAACACAGCCGGGGAUCCCCCACUGGAUUCACCAAGAUGAGUGGGGAUUUUUUGAUGCUUCGAACUAUCUAACUAACUCCCAGUGAACAAGCAGUGUCAUACAAGGAGAAGACACCACCAAAGAUGUCAAGAGAGUUUGUGGGGAUAAGAGCCGACGUCGGUGUCUGUGUAGUAAAGAAAAUCACAGAGUCAACACAGCAGAGUUAAUGUCACUGCCUGCUGCCAUCGGCUGCUCCACCUCUUGCCUGAAUAGUGCGAAGAGCUUGAUGCUGUUGUCAAUGCGGAUGUGCAGAGAACCUCCUGCUGUGUUGUACCCAAUGCUCUGGUCUUUACCCGCAGGUCAUGUCUGGUUGAUGUUUCACAUGUAGAUGAACUAUGCCCAUGGAAACAGAAUCCAGCAGCAAUCAUUGAUCCCAAAACAAGUUUUUCCCAUGAAAAUUAUGUUAAUUUAUUGUUUUUUAAUUUGUUGUACAGUUUAU